AUGUUAUCAAAACGUCUUUUUUCAUCGAUAAUUUCGACAUCAUCAAGUCGUUUUAUUCAAACAAGUUCUAUAGUUAAUUCAAGUCAACAACAACAGAAUUCUCAAUCAUCUUAUGAUAAAUCACUUUAUGAUUCAACACGAAAAAAUUUAUAUAUCACUGGUGAAACACGUGUAAUUUGCCAAGGUUUUACCGGUAAACAGGGAACAUUUCAUUCUCAACAAGCUCUCGAUUAUGGAACAAAAAUGGUUGGUGGUGUUAAUCCAAAAAAAGCUGGUACUAAACAUAUUGGUUUACCAGUAUUUAAAAACGUACAGGAUGCUAUGAAAGAAACAGGUGCAACAGCUACUGUUAUUUAUGUUCCACCACCAGGAGCUGCUGAUGCUAUUCUUGAAGCUAUUGAUGCUGGUAUUGGUUUAAUUGUAUGUAUUACAGAAGGUAUUCCACAACAUGAUAUGGUUAAAGUUAAACAUGCACUUGUACGACAAAAUAAAUCUCGUCUUGUUGGACCAAAUUGUCCCGGUGUUAUUGCUCCUGGUAAAUGUAAAAUUGGUAUUAUGCCUGGUCAUAUUCAUCGACCUGGUCCAAUUGGUAUUGUUUCACGUAGUGGUACAUUAACAUAUGAAGCUGUUCAUCAAACCAGUCAAGUUGGACUUGGUCAAUCAUUAUGUGUUGGUAUCGGUGGUGAUCCAUUUAAUGGUACUGAUUUUAUUGAUUGUUUGGAUAUAUUUUUAAAUGAUAAAUCAACAACUGGUAUUAUUCUUAUUGGUGAAAUUGGUGGUAAUGCUGAAGAAUCUGCUGCCGAAUAUCUUAAACAACAUAAUACUGGUUCAAACGCUAAACCUGUUGUUGCAUUUAUUGCUGGUCAAACAGCUCCACCAGGCCGUCGUAUGGGUCACGCUGGUGCCAUUAUUAGUGGAAAAUCAGGUGGUGCCGAAGGAAAAAUUCAAGCAUUAAAAGAUGCCCAAGUUACUGUUAGUGAUUCUCCAGCUAAAAUGGGUCAAUUAAUGUAUAAGUUAAUGAAAGGUGAAGAUCAUCCAAUCAGUCAAAAACAAACACAGUGA